GCGUGUGUGUAGAAGGAGAGGAGGGGGAGGAUCCUGGUCCCAAGGAAUCACAGAGUUCAUGGUGCCUGGAUAAAGCGUCAGAGUGAAGCCUCCCUGCUCCCAGCUGCUAUGUGCUCUGUAACCGGAUCAGGGCAGAGAGAGGGCCGGACCGGAGGAUUGUUUGCCUCCAAACGAGCCAAUGAGACCGGCUUUACAUUAGACUGACAGCCCGCCUCAUCGAGCCGGGAGACGCCAAUCUGGUCUGACAACUUUCAGACAGCCAAUACGAAGAGGAACGGAGGGAAAAAAUCCAAAUACGAAUCUGGCUUCCUGUAAGGUCGAAAACGUUACCUGUCACCUCACCUGAGCGUUUGGAUGAGAAAGGGGAACAAAUCGUGGCGAUGUCGCAGUGCCUUGAAGACUCACCUCUCCGGUUAGGGACCAAACUCACCGGGGGAGACGAGCUGAAGCUGCAGGAGCUGUACAACGAGAGGCACCGGCUGGCUCUGGAGGAGCUGCUGUCGGGAGGAAUAGAAAACUUUCUGGAGUUCCUCAGGAAAGAGAGGAUCCCCAACUUUCUGUCGGACGAUGAGAUGCAGCAGAUCCGCAGCGCUGCUGUUCCUCCUCCGCGGUGUGUGUCUUUCCUCGGGGAGGAGCAGGGCCCGGAGCUCAGCAGCUCGCUGGACUGCUCCUCCCUCACGUAUUUCCCCGAGGUGUCGGACGUGGAGCCGCCGGUGCUGGAGCUCGGCUGGCCGGGCUUCACCGCAGGCUCGUACCGGGGAGUGACGCGGGCCGUGGCGCACUUCCAGCCGAGCUACGGGGAGAGCAUCUACAGCUGCAAGGAGGCUGCCAGGCGGAUGAUCCAGAGUGCCAGAGAGGUGAUUGCCAUAGUUACAGACUCCCUGACAGACCUGGAUAUCUUUAAGGAUCUUCAGGAGGCUUGCACCCUACGCAAAGUCCCCGUCUACAUCCUGCUCGACCAAUCGUGUGCUCCGGCUUUCCUCAAGAUGUGCAGAAAUGUCAACGUCCGCCUGGACGACCUUCGGCAAAUGAAAGUGCGAACUAUAACUGGUACAACUUAUUACAUGAGAUCAGGAGCCAGGAUUACCGGGGAGGUUCACGAGAGGUUCAUGCUGAUCGACGGCAACAGAGUGGCCACAGGCUCCUACAGGUACAACUGGACCCGACGCAAACUGAACCAGCAGCAACAUUGA